UGUCACCCCACUCGAAAAAACGUUUAUAUAAACCGAAAAAUAGAGUAAAAAGAGUGCGAGAACCGUUAGAUUCUUCCGCGAAUCAUCAAUAAUCCCCGUAAAUUCAAUAAAUCUCGAAUCUUGCGGAUUGAAUUGUUGGAAUUCUUCACGGAAUCGCGGGGAGACUCGUGGGAUCAAGAGGUUAGGUCAUUGAGUGUCAUGUGAAGUGAAAAUGAAAGUGAAACGCCGGACGACUCCGCCGUCUGUUUGAUCACUAAUAAACCAUAAAUUCCAUCCUUUUUAAUAACCGAGUAAACCAGUUACUGGGUGAACGAGGAGGGACUGUGCGAUCGUCAUUGGUCCACCAGGUGAUGGUUAAUGACACUCCAUCGUAAUCUAUUUAUGUACUGAAUGUGCUCAUGUACAUAGCAACAAUGGUCAUAUGGGACUUGUCAUUCUGUGUGUGAGAUAAGGGGAAUAGCUGAUAUGUUUAUGUAACUUAUCGUGAAAACCGGGGAAAUUGAUGGUAUGAUUUGUGUGAGAUGCUUUGUCAUUUCAGCAACUCGCUGUCUAUCAGAGUCAUCCCAUAUUUACAGCGCACGUAAGAGACUUGGGGUGUAUCGCGGAACGGUGUUAUCAGCUGGGAGCAAAAGAGUAGACUACACCCUGCCCCCCGCCUUAACAAUGGCAUCAUCCUCGCGCCCCCAGCCCCCGCCCCACCGGAACAAGCUGGCCCUGGAGAAGUCCCCGUACCUCCUCCAGCACGCCUCGAACCCAGUGGACUGGUACCCCUGGGGCGACGAGGCCCUCGAGAAAGCGAAACGCGAGGACAAGCUCAUCUUCCUCUCCGUCGGCUACUCCACGUGUCACUGGUGUCACGUCAUGGAGCGCGAGUCCUUCGAGAACGAGGACAUCGCGAAGAUAAUGAACCGUUACUUCGUGAACAUAAAGGUCGACCGCGAGGAGCGACCGGACAUCGACAAGAUCUACAUGACCUUUGUCCAGAACAUCUACGGCCACGGCGGCUGGCCGAUGAGUGUCUUCCUGACGCCGACCCUGAUCCCAGUGAUGGGAGGAACGUACUUCCCUCCGGUGGACAAGUACGGCCAGCCCAGUUUCGAAAGAGUCCUUCUGUCGAUCGCCCAAAAGUGGCUGGAGAACAAGCAAGAUCUGAUCCGCUCUGGCUCCACGAUCCUCGAGAUCCUGGAGCAAUCGAGCAAAGGAGAAAAGCUCUCCGGAUCGCCCCCGCCGCCCGCCGACUGCGGCAACAAAUGCGUUCAGCAGCUAGUCCGCUCCUUCGACCCAGAAUUCGGCGGCUUCUCCGAGGCCCCGAAGUUCCCCCAGCCUGUCAACCUGAACCUCCUCUUCCACAUGUACGCGCGAGACCGUAAAAGCGACCUCGGCAAGCAAUGCCUGAGCAUGUGCGUGAAAACCCUGAAGAAGAUGGCGAGGGGUGGAAUCCACGAUCACGUUGGUCAAGGCUUCUCGCGGUACUCGGUCGACGGUAAGUGGCACGUGCCGCACUUCGAGAAGAUGCUGUAUGACCAGGGCCAACUCCUGAGAUCGUACUCAAACGCUUUCGUUGCGACCAAGGACGAGUUUUACGCGGAAAUCAUCGACGACAUUGUGACCUACGUCACGAGGGAGCUUAGGCACAAGGAGGGGGGUUACUACAGCGCUGAAGACGCCGACUCCCUGCCUUCGGCUGACGCCAAGGGGAAGAAGGAAGGGGCUUUCUACGUGUGGACUGCCGAGGAGAUUGAUCACCUUCUGGAUAAGAAGAUCAAGGAUAAGGUACGGUUGAGCGAUGUUUACGGGUAUCAUUACGGGGUGAGGAAGAACGGGAAUUUGGAGAAGCAUCAGGACCCGCACAAUGAACUGACCGGGAAGAAUGUUCUGAUUGUCUACGGGGGGUUGGAGAAAACUGCUGAGCAUUUCGAGUUGAGUGUUGACGAGUUGAAGGGACACUUGAGCGACGCGAAUAGGAUAUUGUUUGAAGAGCGGUCCAAGAGACCGAGGCCUCAUCUGGAUGACAAGAUCGUCACUGCGUGGAACGGGCUGAUGAUCAGUGGAUUGUCGUACGCUGGGGCUGCCACGAGGAACAAGGAUUACAUUCAGUAUGCGGUGGACGCAGCAAGGUUUGUCGAGAAGUAUCUGUUUGAUGAGGGUAAGAGGAUUCUUCUGAGGAGCUGCUACAGGGGAGAUAACGAUGUUAUCACUCAGCCGGGGGUUCCUAUCAACGGGUUCCACGGGGAUUACGCCUUCAUGGUGCAGGGACUCGUUGAUUUGUAUACUUCUACGCUGGAUCCACACUGGCUGGCGCUCGCUGAGGAACUCCAGGAUGUCCAGGAUGAGCUGUUUUGGGAUGCCGAGGGAGGCGGGUAUUUCAAUACUACGAAGGGGGAGAGGAAUAUCAUUCUGCGGCUGAAGGAUGAACACGAUGGAGCAGAGCCCUCAAGCAACUCAGUAGCUGCUAAUAAUCUGUUACGCUUAGCUUCGUUGUUGGAUCGCAAAGAUUUCAACGAAAAGGCUGAGGCGAUCUUCAGAUUCUUCUCUGACACUUUAACGAGAAUUCCAGUGGCCCUGCCGGAACUAGUCUGUGCUUUGCUCCAUUAUCAUGAUGCUACAACUCAGUUGUACAUAGCAGGAAAGAAAGAUGCUAAAGACACCCAAGAACUUCUGGACGUAAUCCGAGAUCGCCUAAUUCCAUCGAAAGUGCUACUUCUAAUCGAUCCAGACGAUUCUGACUCGAUAAUAUCCCGAAAAAAUGAGCUCGUUCUCAAAAUGAAACCCCACAACGGCAGAGCAACGAUAUUUGUCUGUCGUCAUCGAACUUGUUCUUUACCAAUCGUUGAACCCCAGCAGCUGAAGGAAUUCCUAGAUUCCGCCAAAUGAACCCCACAUAGACAGAUCGUAAUCUAUUGUAAAUUAAACGCUUAUCCGUGAAAUUACUAAUGUUAACUGAAGAUUCUAUUCCACCCAGUGCUAAUAAACUCAGUUGUUAUUUGAUAUUGCAAUUGAUAUUGAGAUGUGGAAAGAAUAAAUAUCAAAUUGUGAUAGAAAAAUCAA